GUCUCCCUGAUAUCACAGCUCACAAACCCCAAACCAAAGCAAAAUAAAUAUUCACCAAAACCAAGAAAUUAAAAGAAGCCACCGAGCUAGAGAGAGCAAUGGUUCUUUCAUCAAUGGCUUCUUCUUCUUCUCCCAAGCUUAUCUUCAUCUUCUUCAUCCUUACAUCCAUUUUCACACCUCAAGCUUUCUCACAAGGAGACUCAUCAUGUGAAUCACAAACACACAACACAUGCAACAAUAAAUCUAAAGCGUUAACGUUAAAAAUCAUAGCCAUAGCUUCCAUUUUAGUCACCAGCAUGAUCGGAGUAAGCUUGCCUUUAGUCACACGUUCAAUUCGAGCGUUAAGCCCUGACCGGAGCCUUUUCGUUAUAGUUAAGGCAUUUGCUGCUGGAAUUAUUCUUGGUACCGGUUUCAUGCACGUGUUGCCGGAUUCUUUUGAAAUGUUGUCAUCUAAUUGUCUGAAGGAAAAUCCUUGGCACAAGUUCCCUUUCACUGGAUUUGUUGCUAUGUUAUCGGCUAUUAUUACGUUGGCUAUUGACUCUAUGGCUACUAGCUUGUACAGUAAGAAGCACAAAGGUGGUGUAAUUAAUCCAGAAAAUAAUCAACAAGUUCAAAAUGGACAUAUUAAUGGUGGUGAUCAAGAAAUGGGCACGGUCAGUAAUGGCCAUUUCCAUUCUCAUCACCAUGGUUCCCUCUCUAAAGAUGGAACAAAAUUACUGCGUUACCGAGUCAUUGCCAUGGUGUUAGAGCUUGGUAUCAUAGUUCACUCAAUAGUGAUAGGGAUUUCACUAGGUGCUUCAAACAAUACUUGCACAAUUAAAGGACUCGUUGCUGCACUUUGCUUUCAUCAAAUGUUUGAAGGAAUGGGCCUUGGUGGUUGCAUCCUUCAGGCAGAGUACAAAAUGUUGAAAAAGGCAGCAAUGGCAUUUUUCUUUUCAGUAACAACCCCAUUUGGCAUAGCGCUUGGAAUUGCACUGUCAAAAACUUACCAGGAAAAUAGCCCUCGUUCAUUAAUAACUGUUGGUUUGUUGAACGCCUCAUCUGCUGGCCUUUUGAUUUACAUGGCUUUGGUGGAUCUUCUUGCUGCUGAUUUCAUGGGUGACAAAUUACAAGGUAGCAUCAAGCUACAAAUCAAGGCUUUUAUUGCUGUCCUUUUGGGUGCUGGUGGCAUGUCUCUUAUGGCCAAAUGGGCUUGACAUUUUAUCCUAUAGUUUUUUUGAUGGAAGUAAUUAGAGGACGAUAAUAACUUUAAAAAAAUUUAAGCGUUGAUCAAUAUGUUAUUAGGAAGUAGCUAAACUAAAAUUUAACUGUUGUGCCGCUCAAUUUCUCCCUUCUACAACUAUAAGCCAAAGUCCUUCCUAACUUAUGACAUAUCAGAAUGUACAAAUAAAAGAAAGCAACAGAGAAUUCUGAAGAACAAAAGUGUCGAAAUAUUUCUCUACAAUUUUACGCAUUUAGUCAACUUCUAGUAUGUUUAAACUUAUAUAAUCCAUUUAUAUCAAUAAUUAGGAUUCGCAGAAAUUGUUGAAGUGUUUGUGACUGUAAUACAAAUUCAAUCGUGCU